UUCACUUUGUUUCUUAACGCGUUAAAAGAUGCUUAUUGAAGAAAGUGCAUUGCAAUGUACUUAGAACACGUAUGAAGGCGUUAACUUCAAGGGAACCCUUCCUUCUAUAAAUUGAGAUGAGAGGAAAUGUGCAUUCUCACAUCACACACUCACAGUUUCAGAGAGUGAGAAAAAGGUUUAGAGUUAUUCCAAUGGCCACUCUUGUUCUUCAUCAUCAAACUUCUCCUGCUCAAGAUGCUGAGGCUCUUCAUCAAGCUUUCAAAGGAUGGGGUUCUGAUGGCAAGGCAAUUAUAGCAAUACUGGGUCACAGAAAUGUUCAUCAGAGACAGGAAAUCAGAAGGGCUUAUGAAGAGAUCUACCAAGAGAAUCUCAUCAAACGCCUUGAGUCAGAGAUUUCUGGUGAUUUUGAGAGAGCUGUGUAUCGUUGGAUGUUGGAGCCUGCAGAUCGUGAUGCUGUUUUGAUGAAUGUAGCAAUAAAAAAUGGUCCAAAAGAGUAUAAUGUGAUCGCAGAGAUUGCUAGUGUUCUUUCAGCCAAAGAACUCUUAGCUGUGAGGUGUGCUUACCAUGAUCGCUACAAACGUUCUUUGGAAGAAGAUGUGGCAGCACACACCACUGGUCACCUUCGUCAGCUUUUGGUUGGAUUGGUGAGUUCAUAUAGGUAUGAGGGUGAUGAGAUCAAUGUAAAAUUGGCACAGACUGAAGCUAAUAUUCUCCAUGAAUCAAUCAAGGAGAAGAAAACCAACUAUGAAGAAGUUACCAGAAUUCUUACCACAAGAAGCAAAACUCAACUUGUUGCAACUUUCAACCGCUACAGAGAUGAACAUGGAAUUUCCAUCAGUAAGAAAUUGGUGGAUCAGUCAUCUGAUGAUUUUGUGAAGGUAUUGCACACAGUGAUUCGUUGCGUCAAUGACCAUAAAAAGUACUAUGAGAAGGUUUUGCGCAAUGCAAUAAAAAAGUUUGGAACUGAUGAAGAUGGGUUGACUCGUGUGAUUGUAACAAGAGCUGAGAAAGAUUUGAAGGACAUCAAAGAGGUGUACUACAAGAGGAACAGUGUUCAUCUUGAAGAUGCUGUGUCAAAGGAAAUCUCAGGAGACUACAAGAGGUUCAUGCUCGCACUUCUGGGGAACCAAGACUAAAGAACUUGCCCUAAUUAAGGGCAUACCUAGAAAUGAGUUUCUGAUAUGUUGCUUUCUGCUUCUGUUGUUUCAUCAUUAUUAGGUUAGUUUCCCUUUAAGAGUUCUCUCUCUAGUUCAGUUUGUGUCUUGUUUAAGGGGCAUAUGUGUGCCUUUUGUUUGAGUUAUGUGUUGGUACUUAUUAUGCUGUUUCCUUUGAGUUAUGUUCUCUGUUACUUGAUUUAAUAAAAGCUUAUUAUCAAA